AUGACGGAUAAAAAAGGGUCAACGAGCCUCACUCAGGAAAGACUCGUACGUCUCGCCAUUCUCGGGGUCACUACCGGUCCACCAGUACGUCCCAUCAUUCUCGGGGCCACUACCGGUGCACCAGUACGCCUCACCAUUCUCGGGGUCACUACCGGUCCACCAGUACGUCUCAUCAUUCUCGGGGCCACUACCGGUGCACCAGUACGUCUCACCAUUCUCGGGGCCACUACCAAUCCACCAGUACGUCUCACCAUUCUCGGGGCCACUUCCGGUGCACCAGUUCGUCUCACCAUUCUCGGGGCCACUUCCGGUGCACCAGUACGUCUCACCAAUCUCGGGGCAACUACCGGUGCACCAGUACGUCUCACCAUUCACGGGGCCACUACCGGUCCACCAGGACGUCUCACCAUUCACGGGGCCACUACCAAUCCACCAGUACGUCUCACCAUUCUCGGGGCCACUUCCGGUGCACCAGUACGUCUCACCAAUCUCGGGGCAACUACCGGUGCACCAGUACGUCUCACCAUUCACGGGGCCACUACCAAUCCACCAGUACGUCUCACCAUUCUCGGGGCCACUACCGGUGAACCAGUACGCCUCACCCUUCUCGGGGCCACUACCGGUGCACCAGUUCGUCUCACCAUUCUCGGGGCCACUACCGGUCCACCAGUUCGUCUCACCAUUCUUGGGGCCACUACCGGUGCACCAGUACGUCUCACUAUUCUCGGGGCCACUACCGGUCCACUAGUACGUCUUACCAUUCUCGGGGCCACUACCGGUGCACCAGUUCGUCUCGCCAUUCUCGGGGCCACUACCGGUCCCCUAGUACGUCUCGCCAUUCUCGGGGCCACUACCAGUCCACCAGUACGUCUCACCAUUCACGGGGCCACUACCAAUCCACCAGUACGUCUCACCAUUCUCGGGGCCACUACCGGUCCACCAGUACGCCUCACCAUUCUCUGGGCCACUUCCGGUGCACCAGUACGUCUCACCAAUCUCGGGGCAACUACCGGUGCACCAGUACGUCUCACCAUUCUCGGGGUCACUACCGGUGCACCAGUACUUCUCAUCAUUCUCGGGGCCACUACCGGUGAUCCAGUACGUCUCACCAUUCUCGGGGCCACUACCAAUCCACCAGUACGUCUCACCAUUCUCGGGGCCACUACCGGUUCACCAGUACGUCUCACCAAUCUCGGGGCCACUACCGGUGCACCAGUACGUCUCACCAAUCUCGGGGCCACUACCGGUGCACCAGUACGUCUCGCCAUUCUCGGGGCCACUACCGGUGCACAAGUACGUCUCACCGUUCACGGGGCCACUACAGGGGAACCAGUUCGGCUCGCCAUUCUCGGGGCCACUACCGGUGAACCAGUACGCCUCACCCUUCUCGGGGCCACUACCGGUGCACCAGUUCGGCUCACCAUUCUCGGGGCCACUACCGGUUCACCAGUUCGUCUCGCCAUUCUCGGGGCCACUACCGGUCCAUCAGUACGUCUCACCAUUCUCGGGGCCACUUCCGGUGCACCAGUACGUCUCACCAUUCACGGGGCCACUACCGGUCCAUCAGUACGUCUCACCAUUCUCGGGGCCACUACCGGUCCACCAGUUCGUCUCGCCGUUCACGGGGCCACUACCGGUGAACCAGUACGUCUCACCAUUCUCGGGGCCACCACCGGUUCACCAGUUCGUCUCGCCAUUCUCGGGGCCACUACAGGUGAACCAGUACGUCUCACCAUUCUCGGGGCCACUACCGGUCCAACAGUACGUCUCACCAUCCUCGGGGUCAUUACCGGCGCACCAGUACGUCUCACCAUUCACGCGGCCACUACCGGUCCACCAGUACGUCUCACCAUUCUCGGGGCCCCUACCGGUGCACCAGUACGCCUCACCAUUCUCGGGGCCACUUCCGGUGCACCAGUACGUCUCACCAUGCACGGGGCCACUACCGGUCCAUCAGUACGUCUCACCAUUCUCGGGGCCACUACCGGCGCACCAGUACGUCUCACCAUUCACGGGGCCACUACCAAUCCGCCAGUACGUCUCACCAUUCUCGGGGCUACUACCGGUGCACCAGUACGUCUCACCAUUCUCGGGGCCACUACCGGUUCACCAGUUCGUCUCGCCAUUCUCGGGGCCACUACCGGUGAACCAGUACGCCUCACCAUUCUCGGGGCCACUACCGGUGCACCAGUUCGUCUCACCAUUCUCGGGGCCACUACCGGUGCACCAGUACGUCUCCCCAUUCUCGGGGCCACUACCGGUUCACCAGUUCGUCUCGCCAUUCUCGGGGCCACUACAGGUGAACCAGUACGUCUCACCAUUCUCGGGGCCACUACCGGUCCAUCAGUACGUCUCACCAUUCUCGGGGCCACUACCGGUCCACCAGUACGUCUCACCAUUCUCGGGGCCCCUACCGGUGCACCAGUACGUCUCACCAUUCUCGGGGCCACUUCCGGUCCACUAGUACGUCUUACCAUUCUCGGGGCCACUACCGGUGCACCAGUACUCACCAUUCUCGGGGCCACUACCGGUCCACCAGUACGUCUCACCAUUCAAGGGGCCACUACCAAUCCACCAGUACGUCUCACCAUUCUCGGGGCCACUACAGGUCCACCAGUUCGUCUCGCCAUUCACGGGGCCACUACCAAUCCACCAGAACGUCUCACCAUUCUCGGGGCCACUACCGGUGCACCAGUUCGUCUCACCAUUCUCGGGGCCACUACCGGUGCACCAGUACUUCUCACCAUUCUCGGGGCCACUACCGGUCCACCAGUACGUCUCGCCAUUCACGGGGCCACUACCAAUCCACCAGUACGUCUCACCAUUCUCGGGGCCACUACCGGUCCACCAGUACGUCUCGCCAUUCUCGGGGCCACUACCGGUCUCACCAUUCUCGGGGCCACUCCCGGUCCACUUGUACGUCUCCCCAUUCUCGGGCCCACUACCGGUGCACCAGUACUUCUCACCAUUCUCGGGGCCACUGCCGGUGCACCAGUACGCCUCACCAUUCUCGGAGCCACUACCGGUGCACCAGUACGUCUCACCAUUCACGUGGCCACUACCGGUCCACUAGUCCGUCUCACCAUUCUCGGGGCCUCUACCGGUCCACUAGUACUUCUCGCCAUUCUCGGGGCCACGACCGGUCCACUAGUACGUCUCGCAGUUCUCGGGGCCACUACCGGGCCACUAGUACGUCUCGCCAUUCCCGGGGCCACUACCGCUCCACUAGUACGUCUCACCAUUUUCGGGGCCACUACCGGUGCACCAGUACGCCUCACCAUUCUCGGUGCCACUACCGGUCCACUAGUACGACUCGCCAUUCACGGGGUCGCUACCGGUCCACUAGUACGUCCCGCCAUUCACGGGGUCGCUACCGGUCCACCAGUACGUCUCCCCAUUCUCGGGGCCACUCCCGGUCCACCAGUACGUCUCGCCGUUCACGGGGUCACUACCGGUGAACCAGUACGCCUCACCAUUCUCGGAGCCACUACCGGUGCACCAGUACUCACCAUUCUCGGGGCCACUAUCGGUCCACUAGUACGUCUCGCCAUUCGCGGGGUCGCUACCGGUCCACUAGUACGUCUCCCCAUUCACGGGGCCACUACCGCUCAACUAGAACGUCUCACCAUUCUCGGGGCCACUCCCGGUCCACUAGUACGUCUCACCAUUCACGGGGUCGCUACCGGUCCACCAGUACGUCCCGCCAUUCUCGGGGCCACUACGGGUCCACUAGUACGUCUCGCCAUUCCCGGGGCCACUCCCGGUGCACCAGUACGUCUCACCAUUCUCGGGCCACUACCGGUCCACUAG